AUGUCAAAUUCAAGCCUUGACCUUCAUCUAUUUGAUGAGGAGAAAAGAAAAGUUCUAGAUUGGAAGUUAAGAAUGAACAUUAUUAAUGGAAUUGCAAAAGGGCUCUUGUACCUUCAUGAAGACUCUAGACUUAGAGUAAUCCAUAGAGACUUAAAAGCUAGUAAUGUUCUUCUAGAUCAAGAGAUGAAUCCAAAAAUAUCUGAUUUUGGAUUAGCAAGGUCAUUUGAAAAAGACCAAAGUCAAGAAAAUACAAGAAGAGUUAUGGGUACCUAUGGAUACAUGUCUCCAGAAUAUGCUAUGGAAGGAUUAUAUUCAGUGAAAUCUGAUGUUUUUAGCUUUGGAGUUCUUUUAUUGGAAAUAGUUUGUGGAAAAAGAAACAGUGGAUUCUAUCUUGCAGAUCAUGGUCAAAGUCUUCUUAUAUACAGUUGGAAUAUUUGGUGUGAAGGAAAAAGUUUGGAACUUUUAGAUCCAAUACUUAAAAAUACAUACACAGAAAAUGAAGUUAUGAAGUGUGUACACAUUGGUUUGUUAUGUGUGCAAGAAGAUGCAAUUGAUAGACCAACCAUGUCCAAUGUUGUUGUCAUGUUGGCAAGUGACACAAUGACACUUCCCACUCCUAAUCAACCUGCAUUUUCAGUUGGAAGAAAAGUGGUUGAAGAUGAAUCAACACCAAAAGCUUCUAAUAAUGAAGUUACAAUAUCAAAUAUUUUUCCUAGGUAG